AAUCACAGACACAACUUCACCACACAACCUCACAACCACACAACCGCUGCAUACUGCUCUUCGCUAUGGGUGGGGGCGCCGGACUUGUGCUCGGCCUUUGCAUUCUCGUUCUGCUUGCUGCUCCUCCCCACUCGGCUGCCCACCCCGUCGCCUGCCCGGGACUCGUACGCGCCGCUGAUCCGGCUGCCACCGAAGCAUACGUGAUCGCCGGCAUGGGAGAGGAGGUCCUGGUGUGUCUUGAGGAUGCGGUGCAGGAAUGGUUUGCGUCAGAGUCGGCUGGAUACCAGCUCAACCACCUCGCCACCAUGUACACCAUCGCGGGACACCUGCCGGCCGCCGUCCAGACCGCCACUGCUGUCCUCGGCUUUGUCGCCCCUGACCUCGCCACCAUCCCCGACAUCACCGCGCUUGUCGACUACGUCUAUGACGGCGUCGAGCAACCGCUCGAUGACGACAGUGCGCUUGGCUCGUCAGCCGCGUUGGUGGAGCCCGAGUUCCCCAUCGAGCUGGCCGCAGACGCGCUCUGCAUCCUCUCCGAUGUCGCCUCGGCCGCUCUCCAGCACGUGCGGGCACUGCGCCUUGCGCGACGUGCACUUGCGAUCAGCCCCGACUCGUAUGAUGCCUGCCUUCGCGUCGCGGGGCGGUCUCUGGAUGCUGGCUUUCCCGAAGACACGCUGGCUCUGGUCAACGACUGUAUGCCUCCGCCUACCGCCUCUCCCGCGCAUGCUGCUCUCCGCCACACCGUUGCCGGCGACGCCGCACUCAAGCUGGAACGCUGGUCCGAAGCUGUUGAUGCACAUCUGGCUGCGCUCAGCUCCGAUCCGGCCAACUCGGACCUCAAGUGGAACCUGCUUUCUGCUACGUUCAGGCUGGCAUCGUCAACCGUGUCUGGCAUCGCGCUCUCGUCCAACGCCAUUGACCCGGAUCUCGCUGCAGAGCUGAGCGCGGCAGCUCGCUUGCUGCACGCCAAUGGAGCGACGGCGACUGGCCUCGAGCUGUUGGCCAUUGCGGUGCGGCUGCCGCGGUCGUCAGUCAAGGUCAAGCUCGCCGCCUACGCCGCCAUGGCGUCGCUCCAGCUCGAAUCGGGCGCCAACGAAGCUGCUCUCUCGAGUCUAGAGACCGGCAUUUCCAUUGCGCCCAAGUCACCUGUCGCACACGCUCACUUGGCGGUGGCACUGGCCGAUGCCGGUGAUCCUCGCGCGGCGCUCGAGGCCUUUGCCACCGCCCGGCGCCUGAUCACCGCCCGCGACCAGCUCUCAUUUGCGCAGUACGAGAAGCUCGGCCUUGUGGCCCACACCAGCGGUGCCUUUGAGCUCGCCGGUGCAGCAUUUCGCAACGCCUCGCGCCUUGCACCGACUACGCCGCGGGCCUUUAUCAACUGUGGUGUCUCGUACGCCCGCGCCGAUCAGCUUCGCGCGGCGCUAGCCUGCUUCCAGCGUGCACACGCUCUCGACCGGCACGACGUCGAUGUAGUGCUUGAGACAGCAAGUCUGGCUGCACGUCUCAACCGCUCGUCAGCAGCCAUUCUCUACACCCGCGGCAUCACUAUUCUUGGCCAUCGCAUCUGGCCGCUGUCGCGUGCCACCCAGGGCCACAAGCAAUUCCCAUCCGAGGUUAUUACUUACGCCAAGCUGCGGCGGGGCCUGGCGCGAUGGCACGCCGAGCGCUCUGGUGAAGAGCACCUUGCCCUCGCGUCGUACAAGCUUGCUUUUGACGUGCUGCAAGGCCGCAACUGGCCGCUGGCACUCGAGUACGGCCGCUUGCUUGCUAGAGACGACACGCUUGCGGUUGCUGAACUUCGCUUGCUGAUGGCCCGUGUUCAGCCUGUCGCGCCGGUGGCAGAGUUUGCGGCGCUCAACACACUGCUGGCACUCGCGCCGCCGCCAUCGCCCCUGCCGUCGCUCUCGUGGCGGUCGGCUCUAGCCAACCUACAAAUCGGCUGCCAAGCCGCAUGCAACGUGACGGCUGAUUUCGACGAGCUGAGCGCGACGAUCAAGGCAGCGCGCCGUGCAGAAGCCCACAUGCAGGCACUCCUCGCCCAUGCUACCGCUGCAGAGAGUGCCAAGGCCGAGAUCGAGGCCUCGCUGAAUGCCGAGAAUGAUCCCACUCGUCGCGAGCGCCACCGUCGCCGCUGCUGA